AUGUCGGUCACGACGCUAACCGCAGCCUCGCCGGUGCUUGCACCCGCUACAGCAUUGGCCGCAUCAUCCUCAUCCUCAUCAUCCGCAUCUUCCACAGACUCACACAACAGCUCAUCUGACUCACUAAGCUCCCAAUCAUCACUCUCUACCAUCAAGUUAUCACCAGCUCCAACCAUUACCAUCUACAAACCACUCGCUAAGCAUGUCAUUAGUCAUCAUACUCCUGCCGCCGACAAUAAAGUUCCAUCGCUAGUGCGUAAGAAGUCUGGAGAAUUGGUUAAAUCUUCAUUAAAAUUACCAUCACUUUUACCCAAGGCCCUUUCUACAUCACAACUUGCUCGCUCAAAGUCAGUAAGAUUCGCCUCACGUCUCACUAACAUUAAGAUGUUUGACGGUAUGGAAUCUCCAUCUUCAGUAUCUACUGCCGAUAACACGCCACUUGACUCACCACAAUAUCUGGAUGAAUACGACGACUAUGAAGACAAGCACAGAAGAAGCGACUACUUCCAAUGGGGAAACAAUGAGGCAAAUUCAGACACUUCUUCUGAUGAAGAUGACUGGUCCAUUCACCAGAUUCCUCGUUCUGCCUCAGCUACACCUCCACUUCUUAAGAAGAAGGAAUACAGAAUGUUGUAUAAUAAUGUCAAUGCUUCAGCCACCUAUCCUAGUUAUUUGACUACUAAUUCAGCCAAUAACUCUAAUCCCAUCACCGCCACUUCAUCAACCAGACCUGUAUAUCUUGCAUCAGUAUCACUUGUUAAGGAAGCUGGUAAGUCAUAUCUCUUUGGACUCAUUAAUGUUGCCAACUAUGGGUUUGAAAAGGAAGUUGCUCUUAAACUUACCCUCGAUAAUUGGGCCACCAGUAUCUUCUUUAAUGGUUAUUCCGGAACAACCAGCUAUCACGCCAGUCUUGGUCCUAACGUAGAUCAAUUCAAGUUAAAGAUUUUACUUGAUGAUUUGAUUGGUAAUGAAUCUACAACUGAUACUACCACUUCAACAGUCUCUACUACCAAUGGAUUCAGUAGUAACGUAGUUAAGAUUCAAAUGUGCAUUAAGUAUACGGUCAAUGGUCAAGUGUAUUGGGACAACAACAACACCAAUAACUAUCAAAUCCACUUAUCCCCUGUAACUUCUAGUGGUAUCCAAACAUAUACAUACAAGCCAUCAUCCACCACCUCCACCACCACAACCAAACAACAACAGGAUACAAAGAAACAGGAAAAACAAAAGAAGGAGUAUAAGGAGUUGGUACUCAAAUUGAAGGCUGUUGAACGUGAUGAUUCAGAGCCUACUAAUGCCGCUGCAUUUUCAUUAAAGUAUAAUUUCACUGAUGAAACUUCAAGACCAUCACUCAAGCAUUCAUAUUCGGCCUCUGAUAUACAGCAAUCGAGAUACUCUCAAUCUUACAGAUCUAAACAGGCCAGUAAUCAUGGCCAUUCUAAGUUGUCUACCACCACCACAUCCACAAGACCAUUGUCUACGGACUUUAGCUCGUUAAGCUAUGCCGAUAUCAUCAAUAAAUUCUGUUUCUCAAAUGGCGAGUCUACAGUUCCAUUCUCUACAUCUGGUUCCACAGUUUCGAGUGGAACUGUUUCCAACGCAUCUCCAGCUUCGGACGCCAAAGUGUCACCUCCAUAUGAGUCUACUACUCCUCUUUCGUGUUCUCCAACACCGGCUUCGGCCUUUCAUUCAUUUAGUGACUCCAUUCAUAUCUGAGUCUAAUUUCUAUUCAAUUCUGGAGAUGUAUUUAUUUAAUUCUAUUUAUUAACUUUAUUUAUUAUUAGUAUUUAUUUAUUUAUUUAUUUAUUUAUUUAUUUAUUUAUUUAUAUAAUUUAUUUAAUUAUUUAUUGGGUCAUUUGAUCUGCUAAUACACAUAUACAGUCGAGCAGUUUUUAUGUAGUUGUAGAAUGAGUUU